AUGGGUAUCAACCGUAUCGUCCAGUUUCAGUUCAAACCCGAUACCAGCAGCGAUGCCAUAGAGAAGGUUUCCGCCAAGAUCCAGGAGAUGAGGGAUAAGUGCUUGCAUCCUGACUCUAAAAAGCCUUAUAUCCAGUCUAUUCAAGGUGGCGCUGAUAGUGCCCCAGAGGGCCUCCAGCAAGGUAUCACUCAUGCAUUCGUCAUCCAAUUCGACAACCCGGAGGACAGGGACUACUAUGCACUCAAAGACCCCGCCCACCUCGCUGUCGUGGCAGAGUUGGGCCCUUUGGUAGAGAAAGUUCAGAUUAUUGACCUGCCGAGGAAUGACUGA